AUGCAGAGAGAGUCGGAAAAAGGCUUGCGCAAGAGGGAAGAGACGAGAGAGCAUUGGAAAGCCACGAGCAAAACGGGUGGCUGGAUGAAUGCAGCUUUAUGGGGACACGGAAAAGCGGAGCCGAGAAGCGGAGAGGCGCAGAUGACAACGGAAAAAACCACCUCGUUGAAAUGGGCGUGGCUUGAGCCUUUUCGUUUUGCGCUGUGCUCUUUUGACGUUGCCAAACUGGUGACGGGAGAGAGAAUAGCGCAGUGGAUAGUGUUCUUGUCUCACGUCAGAGAGGUCGAAGGUUCGAUUCUGCUCGACGUGAACUUCCUCUUUUGUCUAUGA